AGUUGAGCAAAAAAAAUAAAAAAUAAAAAAUCACCUGGGGCCACAAUCAUAAAAAUGAUUAGUUACUUACUAAUCUUGCAUCAAGUGACAUAAAGACAAUAUGUACAAUACAAUGUCACUUUUGAUUUUGAAGGUUUUUUUUUAUCACAUUCUGCCACUUGCCACAACAAUGACUGCUGGUAGCUGAUGUUUACAAGUAAUUUUUCUCUUUCUUUUAUUUAUGAAUCGUUCAUUUCUAUGUGGUGUCGAAAAACACACCGGCGGCACAUUGUUGGAGAGGUUGCAUUAUUAUGGCCUGUCCAGCAGGGGCGCGGGGCGUCACGUUGCUGUGGUAACUUAGUCGGGAAGCCAUACAACAACAUUACAAUAAUGUCUGUGGCAAACGAAGAAAGACAGAAGAGACGUACUCUGGUGCUGAGGCCCUCUUCUAGAACAAUAAAUAUUUCAGUAUCAGGUAUACAUGGAGUCAACCAAAGUACAAGACACACCAACAGCGUUGUCGGCUCCCCGAGCAGGAAAAGUUUCAGCCUUGGCGGUGGCAGCAAAGUUCUGGAGAAGAGCGUCAUUCAAACUCCGAGACAAGCUGUUCGGGUGUUUGAUGAAGAAGACAAUGACGUCACUCCUCAGCCGCUGUACCGGGCAGAUCCAGCAGCUGUGCAGACCAAGGCCAACAGGUUCUUUCUGGAUGAAAUCUCUGCUGGAUCAGCAUCAGACCAGACAACAGCCACCGGGAGCUUCACUAUGCCUUUUUCCAGGUCAGUAUUAGGAAGCAGCAGAAUAUCCAGCCAGUCUACCAUAGAAUCGAUGAAUGAGGAGAUUGAGGAUACAUUUUCCAAACGGGACAUGCCCAUCAACUUCCCAGAUGUGCAGAUGAAAGGAGACACUGUGAAAGAACACGUGACAGAAGACAUGUUGAAAGAGGUCAUAGAUGUCUACAUCUCUGAGACAGACAGCAUUUCACUGCUGGACAUAUCCAGCACCUUUGUGUCAGUGGAUGCUGAUGACGCAGAAGCUAUCAUAGACAGAAAUAAUCAGUAUGCUGAGGUUUACAGGAACAGAAUGGGCAAUGAAAAGUACGUGGAUCGAUCAAUGCAGACAUUGAAUGGAGCAGCUAAAAACAAACAGGUCCAGAGCGACAGCAUGGUCAUGGUGGACACAGCCACGACUGUUACCACCUGGGACAUGUAUAACACUUUGAUCAGCCCUGAGCAGGAUGGAACAGUGUGCAGCCCUGAACCAGAGAGGGUUGCUUUUCCAGAGGCUGUUGUGGACGCCAGCAGAGGUGCAGAGAGGAGCGUGUCAGAGGGCAGCACAGCCAGUACAGCCAGUGCUGCUAACUCACUGAAAGAAGUGGAAGUGUUUGGGAACAGUUUAAACGCAGAGUCAGACCUGCAGCUGAUCAUGCUGUCAGAGAAAUUCCAACACUGCUUACUAAUAAUGGAGAGGAGCAUACUGGGAAACACCUUCCAACCCAAGCUGGCUGCUUACAGACAACUGCCGGUACUAGAAGACCCAGACAGUCCAGUGAAGCCUGGAACGGUGGAGCAGAGGGAGGGGGAUACAGAGAGCCCUCGAUCUCCAGCCCUGGAGCGUCUCUGGGCGUUCAGCUGUGAGCUCAACAGGGGACGCAGCAUCAGCAGCAUGGCCUGGAACAAGAAGAACCAGGACCUUCUGGCUGUGGGUUAUAGUGAGUUUGACUCCAGUAACCAGAAACCAGGCCUGGUGUGCUGCUGGUCUCUCAAAAACCCCACGUGGCCUGAGCGUGUCAUCCACUGUGACAGCGCUGUAACUUCCCUGGAUUUCUCAUCCAACAAUCCCAGUCAGUUGGCUGUGGGGAUGCAAGAUGGCAAUAUCGCUAUCUACAAUGUGCAGAGUCAAGACAACAAAUCAUGUGUCAUCAGCAGCAGUGAGAGUCCCAACAAGCACUUGGGGCCAGUGUGGCAGCUCAGGUGGACCCAACAAGAGUUGAGCUUAAGAGGAGGAGAGGAGAAUGUAGAAGCUCUCUUUUCUGUGGCUGCAGAUGGCAGGAUCAGCAAGUGGUUUGUCUGCAACAAUGGCCUCGACUGCAUAGACCUGAUGAAGCUCAAGAAGAUUCAUAAUACAAAGAAGAAGGCUGGAGGGAACAAGACAGAAAAUGUUGUGUCAGCACUGACUCCUGGUCUGUGUUUUGACUUCCAUCCAACAGAUUCUAGUAUCUACUUGGUUGGCACAUGGGAAGGUCUCAUCCACAAGUGCUCGUGUUCCAAUAGUCAGCAGUUUCUGGAGACUUACAGGAAACACUUUUGUCCUGUGAACUGCAUCACAUGGUGUCCACUCAGUCCUGAUGUGUUCCUGAGCUGCUCCUCUGACUGGACCAUCCAGCUGUGGAAGCGGGACCACCUUAACCCUGUGUUAGGCUUCACCUCCAACCAGAGAGCUGUGUACGAUAUCAAGUGGUUCCCAAAGCGGGCCACAGUAUUCGGAGCCGUUAAUGAGGGACAGCUGGAGAUCUGGGACCUGAAUUCAAGCAUCUUGGACCCAAUCAUUGUGCAGCCUGCUGCCCCUGGUGUGAAGAUGAAGUCCCUGCUGUUUGCCACGCAGACAGACUGUGUCCUGGUAGGAGACAGUGAUGGACAAGUGACUGUCUACCAGCUCAAGAACCUCAGUGUGGGAGAGAGCAGCCAGGUGCAUAUUCUGGAAGGCAUCAUCUGCUCUGCAGCUUCCAGAUAGCUUCAAGAAACAGACAGAUGUAUUCCCAAACCAUUUGGGAUUGUGUCUGCAAAAUAUGUAUCAGUACAAAGAAAUACAAAGUAUAUGCACAGAUGUAUAAGAAACAUAAGUGCAUUUUGGCAUCAGUCAUUAUUGUACAUUGGCCUUUACUGUUGAAACCAUCAGACUAAUUAUAGUGGUAGCUGAGUUUGUUAAGAGUGAAAAACCAAAAGCCUGUUCAAGCUUUAAAGAUGUUCUUUAAAAGGAGCUAUAUGUAAGAAUUUAGGUUUUUAAACAUUCAAAAAUUAACUAAAAUUAUCAACAGAAUGUGAAAAAAUCAGUUAUGAGGUUAUGUCAAAGACGUCUAUGUAUUGUGUUGCAGAGAUAUCUACUGAAGUUAGCAUGCUAACGUAAUACCACUUCGUACCUCAAGAUGCGAUAAUGAGUCACUGUAGCAUCUAGUUUGCCCUCAGUCCAACAGCACCGAGAUGGUUUUCUUGCCGGGUUUGGCUCCUGGCACCCCAGGGCUGACCCAGCCGUAACCCCCGCUCAGGCCUCUGGAGGUGGGCGCAGACUGAUGCCCGACCUCCCUCUCACUCCUCUCCUGCUUCACGCCUCUCCUGAACCCGCCGUUUCUUCGUUGUCCUCAAAGUCAGAGUCCUGGUCUGAGUUGCUGUAAAUCACCUCGGUACUGUAGGACUGCUAGCUGCACGGCUAGGCCAAUUCUUACAUAUUGCACCUUUAACCUCAGUAGUCAGUUUCUGCUCUUCCUUUAAUGACACUGCAGUUGAGACACUUGAAAGUCCUAGAAGUGUCCCAAACAACAAAUGAUGUGGACAAAACCCAUAUGAAUGAAAUAUACUAAAUGCCAUUUUUUUUUAUCAUCAUAAAAAAUGUGUGUCAUGAAAUGACAAUGAAAGUGGUAAUGUUUUUCACAUUAUAUGUUGUCAUUUGACAGUUCAGUUAUAUUUUCUUGUCUAUUUCCUAUAUUCUAUUCUAUAAUCAAGCAAUAUUACACAUCGUCAUUAUUGGCACAGCAAGCAUCACUGAAGUGCCAAUAAUGACGCUAAAGCUCACCCUCCAGUGUAAUAUUACGAUUAUACAACAGUUACCAACAAAAUAAAAGAUAUAAUAAAAAUGUAUUCAUAUUGUGGGACAAUGUCUCUCAAAAUGAAAACCUUUUUGCAAGUGUUAUCGCAGAAAACAAUCAGUCACAUCAGUAGAAUCCAGUCAGUAGAGUAAUAGAAUGUAAUGAAACCUAGUUUACUACUCCAGCAAGUAGGCCGACCCUUAGUAAGAACCUAGCAACAGAGACGGUUUCUAGUCCCUGUUGAGUCAGCCAGCUGACUUGAGCUAAUGAUCACUCUGGAGAUAGAUCGUGGGAUUUCCCAAACUGAAUAAAUACCACACAUCUAAAUACAAAACUGCUUUGCUAGCUCAAUCUGGUUGUAAUUAAGAUAUCUGCUGUAUUUUUCCCCCCACGGACAGAUUUGCUACUACGUCCGCGAACUUCAUAUGUAUGUUUAAGCUAGCAGCGCCGUGUCACUGACUCACCGGCCCAGCUGAUGGAGGAUGCCAGAGCAUAACAUCAAGGCUGGACAAUUUCCAUGUGAUCCAAACAUUUCCAAUAACUCCAGAGCGUUAAAAAAGAUAGCUGUAACCAUUUCCAAAAUUCACAACAUGUUUUUUUCUAACGAAAUAUUCUGCUUCUGAUUUGAGCACGUUCACAAUGUCUAGUUGAUGAGUGCAGGUUUAAAUUCAGAUACAAUAUAUCAAUGGGUGCAAAGGUUAAGAGAUGAUUAUGUCAUUUUCAACUUGUUUUCAGGGGAUAUUUGUCCCCUAUCAAAUUACAUUUGACAUAAUAUUCUGAUGUAUAUUGAGUAUCUUUGCUGCUAUGAUGACAAGUGUCAACAGAUACUGGGACAACACUGACGACGAAGACAAAACUGGCUGCAUGGAGGGUUUCAUCCCUUAUCCCCUCAAGAUUUUUCUUUUGAAUGACUAGACCUUAAGCAAUACAAGAUGUCAUCAUGUAAAUCCUUCGGGAUGUGAAAUGAAACAAAGGCCCACAUUCACCCAUUCUACUAAUAUGCAUGCAUAAUCAAGGGUAAACGGAAUCAUUUCCUUAUCAUCAGCAACCUUUAUUGUUCAUUUUAAAAAUAACAAUCUCUGAAGCAACACUAAAGACAGCUUUUUAAAAUCAAAUUAUAUCUUAAAGGAUUAUAUUUCUUUCUUUUGAAUAAACCAGUGAUCAGACAAUAUAUUCCCAGAACAACACCAGCAAUGAUGGUCACACAUAAUCCACGACCAGAUCAGUAUACUGUAUUUCAUAAUAGUAACAGCACAGUUUCAAAACUGAACAGCAUUUGCAUGAUUUUUGCAUUUGCAAGAUUAGUGUUCAUGUUGCAACAAACAAAAGCAUAAGACAAAUAUUCUCAACACGUGCAUUUGCUCAGAAAAGAGAAAAAUGUUUUAACACAGCUACACACAAACAGAAAAAUGUCCCUUUAUGAAUGACUUGCAUGAAUGACAUUUUUGGCUGCCAAAAUUAUUGUUGGCAACUAAAAAUAUUUCCCAAAUAUUUUGUUAUUGUUAUUAUUAUUAUUUGUGAUAAUCUGUGAUCCAAAGUUUCUGUGCCUUGAUUUGUUUGAUACAUUUGAUUUAUACUGAUCUAUAUGUAUAUAAGCUGUUGAUGCUCAGUGUUCCUUGCUCAAGUCAAAACAAACAUUUACUAAUAACUAAGUUUAGAUUUUUUGUUUGUUUAUUAAGGUUCUAAUGAUAAAGUGCAGUUGCAGUUGAGAGUCAUAUGGCUUUGUUUCCACUCCUCCACUCAUGUUAUUUCUACAUUGUUUAAACACUGUGUUACAUUAAAAAGGGGAUUCAGAUGGAAAACCAAAAAGUGGCAACCCUCCUCUACUGA